AUGAUUUCAAUGCCCAACGACCAUCAAUCAAAUGACUUUCGAGAUACUUUUAUAAAAAUUUUCAUGGAAGAUCUAAAACUUAAAGUACGACAGCAACAUAUCUAUCAAGUUGAAAUGCUCAGCUCGAAGAAUCCAAGAAGGUCUGCUUUUGUCAUUAUUCGGAGCUACUCUGACUUUAGAGCCUUUUUCAAUAAAUUGGUUCCAACGAAUUUCUUUUAUAAUGGAUAUUUUAUGAUAGCUUUGAUAAGUGACACAUUUUUGGAGAUACAGGACAUUUUUAGUGAUUUGUGGAAAUUACAAAUUUACAAUGUAAUUGUGAUUGUUGAAGAUGGUCAUGAACGUCUUUCAAUCUUCACAUUCUUCCCAUUUAGAUCAAGCGCAGACUGUAUGAAUACAACUCCAGUUCUCAUCAAUGAAUUCAUCAAUGGAAGCUUCACUCGAGGAUUGUCAAACAUUUUUCCAAAUAAAAUGAAAAACUUGCAGCAAUGUGAAGUUAAAGUAGCCACUUCUAAUGAUAUUCCUCCUCACAUGGUCUUAAGAGCAAUGUCUGAUGGGACUUUUAAUAUUUUUGGACGUGAUUUUGAAAUUAUUGAUGCUCUAUCAAAAAGUUUAAAUUUUAAAAUCAAUUUUAACUAUAUUGGACAAUAUGGAUGUAUUCUUGAGAUUAGAGGAAUAGAAGGAGCUUUGAAAAAAGUAUAUGAAAACAAGUCAGACUUAGUAAUUGCUGAUUGCUGGCUUAGAAUAAAUCGAAUGGAAAUGUUUGAUACUUCAACAACAUAUUUCACAGACAAAAUUGUUAUGGCAUUUCCACCAAUACCAGAACUGACAUCAUUUGAGAAAUUAUUCUAUCCACUAUCUUUGACAAUUUGGAUACUGCUAGGACUUUAUUUAUGGGUUGGAAUUUCCACAAUAUUUAUCAUUAAAAAGAAAUCAAAAGUUGUUCAAAAUUUUGUUAUUGGCGAGAAUGUAAAUUAUCCAUACUUCAACAUGCUGAUAGGGAUUCUAGGUUUACAACAGAAUCGACUCCCUGGCAACAAUUUCGCGAGAUUCUUACUAAUGAACUUCUUGAUACUGUGCCUUGUUAUGAGAACAGUUUACCAAGGCAAGUUGUUUCAAAUUUUACAAGCAAAUAUGAAGCACUCAGAGCCUCAAACACUAGCAGAGAUGCAACAACUUGGUUACAAAUUUCAUGCUGUAGAAUUUUAUGAAGAAUUGAUUUCAAGUUCUUUGAAAAUGAAUAUUGUAAGCAAUGGCAAGUAUCGGUUUGAAUCAACAAUUAGAUUGUUAAAAGAGAAUGAUAAAAAUGGAAUCCUAGAAGUGUAUUCAGACCUUCUUUACCAAUACAAUAUCAAAAAUUUAACAAACAUUCAAGUUUGUCGAGAACAUUUUUUAUUGAUUCCGAUUGUGAUUUAUGCAAAAAAGAACUUCUUUUUAAUGCAAGCAAUCAAUGAGAAAAUUGAGAUCCUUAGAGCAGCUGGAUUAAUUGAGUAUUGGUUCCUAUUAUCUCUUUCAAAAGAAUUUGAAAACAAAAUGCCAAACCAUCCUAAAGUUCUAACUUUUGAUCAUCUUUCUGGAUGCUUUUAUAUUUGGAUAUUUGGAUGCUCACUGAGCAUUUUGGCAUUGGUUUUUGAAUUAAUGAUUGAAAAGCUUAAAACGUGGAUCAAACGAACCGAACUCUGA